AUGACGGUAACAACGCACAUUGCCGAGAUCCUACGCCAGGGGAUCUGGGCAUCAUUGACUGGUGGAUGGUACUAUGAACCAUCGCAUUCCAUCUUCUGCAACACUGUGCAUCUCUACCUUUGGCUGGUUCUUUUGAUCGUACCCUUGGUUGUGGGACUCGUCACAUCUGGAGCUCUUUCUCUGUCGCUCCUUAUUGGGUAUACUUGUUUCAUCGGCGUUCUGUUUGCUAUUCUCAAGACUAUCGUAUCUCACCUUCACAUUGUCUUUGACACAUCCGAGCCAAUAAUAACGACGAAGGUAAUUCCAGAAUCUGACAAUCCAACCAGGGCAGAUCCGGAAAUUAUAGAACAAGAGGAUGAAGAUGUCCUUGAAAUGGUGGAGUUGAGGGAUGUCCGCAGAAGAAUCACUAAUGAUGACGUGAUCAUCGAUCCUCCUCUGAGAUCUAGGGGCGAUCGCCGUCGAGUGCGCAUUGAAAAUGAUCUUCAAGAAAUGCCAAAUGUUAGCAAAACCAUUGCUGUAGUGCAGAAAAGAAUUGGAUUAGAGGACGAUAGUGAUGAAGACACGAAAGACAAGGUUGUAGAGGUGCAAGAUAUAGCAAUUGUUGAAGAAGCACCAAACAAUGACAGCGAGCUGGAGUUGUCUGUCGACGGAAGUCAUGCAGAUGCUUCUAUCAAACGAAGGCUUUCUUCUGCAAUGUCACGCAAAAUGUCCGAGCCUGUGAUGUCAGUGGAGGGACGAAAAAAAGAUGUGGCACUGAACUCUAGAGUUCGUCGAGCAAACUCUUCGUUCGAAUCAUCUAGUAGUCACCGUGACAAAGGCAUGCUUAGCCAGUCAAGCUUGGAUCAGGCAAGACAGAACACCCAUAAAUCAUAUCCUUCAAAGAUGAGCAGUGCUGAAGAGUUUCAUACAGGUGGUUUGAAAGCAAGGGUUACAAAAAAAGACGAAGUUAUCGGUCCUCUCACGGAAGCUGGGGUCUCCAGUAAGUUCUCCUUUGAAAAUAGCUGAAG